UUAACCAAAUAUAUACAGCCACAUGUUAAAUCAAAUGCAUUUGGUCAACAAUUAGUUAGUUAUCCAGGUUAACAAACGUUAGCGCUUGUACCUAUUUUCUAGCCAGCGUAUAGCUAGCUAACGUUAGCAUGCUAGCUAUGACACUCCUGACGUGCAAACCGAUAUUUAACGUUAUUUUCAGGAUUUGUUCAAAUUAUUUAGGUUAGGGUCAGGGUUAAUGGUUUUGGCUAGUUGGUUUGCACGUAAGAGUAUCCGUAUAGCCCUUCACUUUCAACGUACAUGCUUGCUAGCUACCUAAUUCAACGUCAAGAAACCUGACUGUCAUCCCAAACUUCAGGUUACAAGUCUCAAGUGAUGGCUUCGUUCGGCUGGAAGAGGAAAGUGGGCGAGCGGGUGUGCAAGGCAGCGGUGCAGCAGUUUGAAGCCGCGGCGGAAAAGCCAGAGGAGGAUGGAGUGGACGAGGUGGACUGGCUACAUGCUAUCAAGCGGCGCCGUGAAGCCCUCCUGGAGGACUGCGCUGCGAAGGGAAACAGGCUGAAGGAGGAAGGGACGGUGCUGGCACAAGAGGGCAGACACUGGGAGGCCAUUAAGAGGUGGGAUGAAGCCAUCCAGCUGACUCCAGACAACCCUCUACUGUAUGAGAUGAAGUCCCAGGUGCUGACCAUUCUGCAGGAGGUGUUCCCAGCAGUGCAGGCAGCAGAGAUGGCUGUGAAGCUCCGCCCCCUGUGGUGGGAGGGCUGGCAGACACUAGGCCGUGCCCAGCUCAGUCUGGGUGAGGUGGAACUGGCGGUGAGGUCCUUCCAGGUAGCGGUCCACCUGUGUCCGUCAGAGCGCCCCCUCUGGUCGGAUGACCUGGCGUGGGCGCGGCAGCUGCUGCAGCAGAGACGGACGGCCCAGAACCAGACCCAGCGGGAGGAGGAGGCCCAACGGGAUGUCCUGAACCCUCCAGAGCUCCAGCAGGACUACGACUUUGAGUCAGACGAGGUGGUGGUGGCCUGCGCUGCCGUAGCUGAGAGACAGAGACGCUAUGAGGAACUGAAGAGGAAAGUCGUGGUUGUCGACGCUGAGGGGAAUUCUAGGGAGGUACCUGUGGAGGAGGCGGGGUCAGGGGACACACCCUCUUCAUCACAGGAUCAGUUGGUCAAAGCACGGGGACUAUGAUCGGUCUCUAAGGACUUAUGGGCUAGAAUGGAUCUUAUGGACUGAAAUGGGUCUUUUUGUUUUGUUUUUGUUGUUUUGAGUCUUUAGUCUUAUGCAUGUCAUUAUGGUUUUUUGCUUUAGUCUACAACAGACUGUGGGUGAUGGGUAGAUUUAAUCAAAUAGAUUUUUGUUUUACUGUGUUAUGUUUUCACUAUUUGUCAAUGCUCUCAUAUUACUGCCAUUUAAAAGACUGAAUUUGAGCGUAGCCAAAAAUAAUUAUCAUCAUCAUUUGGCACUCAAGAGGUCAAUUGUCAUUCAUGUUGAUUAAUCCUCCUCCUGAAAAGAGGAUCAUGUUGUGUUUUGGAAUAUGUCUGUCAGUCCCAUUUCUUAGACGCAUUCAUUUCCCCAGACACAGAUUGAACCUAGUCCUGGACUAAAAAGCUUUUCACUGGAGACUCUCUAUUGAGCUUGCUUUUCCAUCCAGGACCAGGCUUGGACCCUAACCCUCUGUGUCUGGGAAACAGAGUCCUUUCAAAUGUCCAAGAGAACAUUCGGAAUGUCUUUGUCAGAUGACCGGAAAAUAUCUCUCUGGAAAACUCCUCUCACUUGAGUCUAUCAGUCAAGCUGUUAUUAAAAAAGUUUUCAAAUUGCAGUUCAUGCAACAUAAAGUCGCAGUUGGAAGUGUUAUUUCAUAAUGACUAACGGACUGGUCUUAUCGGUUGGGAAACUCUGUCUCCACGGUAACUCAGAGAAAUAAACCCCACAGAGAAAUAAUAUUGCAUGAGUAUUCCCAGAAUUCCAGCUGAGUGUUAGGAUUUGUGUGUCAUAUGACCCUCCAUAGGGGACAGGUGAGCUGCUAAAACAAUAUAUCCACCUUGGCCCUGAAAUCUAGCAGCUGGAUAGCGCUGAAAGCUCUGUGCAGUCAGCCUGGACAGGCCAUGCUGAAAAGCCUAGAAGCUUGAACAGUCAUUGAAUUUGAAUGGCAUCUUCUAAUAGCAAGAUUGUUUUCAUGGGACACUCAAGGGGUUUUGUAUGACUAAAACAGGCUAUCAGAUUUAGGGUUUUAUUAUUGGCGGUAUUAAAGAGAGGCGCUGUGAAAGAGGAGACAGGUUUUUGAGAGGAUUCAUGUAUCCUCCUCGUCUUUAUUAAAAUCAUAUUAAGACCAUUUUGUCAUCGGUAUCUCUCAAAUAUAUUUCCUAGUAGUACAGUGUUAAAAUGAGUUUUCUGACAGAGGGAACUGGCCUCGUUCUAGAACAUGAACGUCCGGGGAUGCUUUAGGAUUUAAAUAGGGCAUUACACGUCAGGAACAUUUUGUCAAUCGAAAUCAUUAGACAAUUAAUUGUUAUUGGUAAAGAACUACAAACAGUGCCUAUAUCAUUGUAACUGGUAUUUGGUAGGAUAUGUGUUUUGGUCAUCAUCACUACGAUGGAAGUAGGCAAAAAAGCAGCAACUAUGGGUAAAAGCAGACCUGGUUCUCUCAACAAGUUAACCACACUGAGGGUACGUGUUGUGUUUACAGUGCAAACAUCUGGUGAUGUUGCCAAAGCCAUUCAAAUCAUUUAAACACCUGGCACAAAAAUUCUCAAAACAAGUCUGGAGCAUAAGAUUGUGGUAGCGUCUCAAAAUGGGGCCUGAAUGUGUUGGUAACAAUAAUUAAUUUUAUACGACUGAGUUCAUUCACUGGUAAUGUGGGGGACGAUAGGAGCUGUAAACAAAUAGUGGGAGAGGGAACAACUGUUUAGACCAGGAGAAUGCUCAUGUAUAAUGUGAGUUAUAUUGAUGUUUCUAUAACUGACCCAGCUGAUGUAGUAAUACUUUGUUCUGUAAAUAAUGAGAAAAUGGAUCUGUUUUACCUGUAAUGUGUCAAUUGAAAAUAAAUCAAUUGGUUACAAGUAACA